AUGAGUAUAGUUUAUGAGGCUGUCGGAAUGAGGAGAUGUGCCCGAACAGGCGCCGAUUUCGACAAGGACUUGAGAAGAUUCUCCAUACUCGAGAAGGUCGUGGUGCUGAUAGUCUAUAUACUCCCAAUUGCGGCACCAUCGGCCGCAAAGUUCGUAGAUGCAUCUUACAAUCUGUUUUUUCCUCUCUCCAUGGGCCUUUCUGUUUCCUCGUUCAUGCCUAUAUCCGCCAGGGUGGCCAAAAGGUUCUUUGACCAGGAUACAGUCAGGAUAAUCACUCCUCACAGCCUCAUAGUAGCAGCAUACACGGCCGUUGUGUUUGUCUUUUCUCUUCGCAUGUCCUCCAUUUGCUAUAGCAACGGAUUUCUCGAGCCUAGCGGUCCGCAUGGAGAGACAAUGUAUAGAAUGCUCAUCCUUACUUCAUAUAUGUUUUAUGAGUCCGGAAGGCUUAUCAACCGCUCCAUGGGACUGUACAAGAUGUCUGUGGUGAUAUCUCAACUCAUCAGUGCCUUUUUGAUAAUUCUGAUGGCUAUGGCUUGUGAGAUGGGCCUUGCAUCCCAUUCCCAUCUUAUCCAGCUAUUCUUCACCCAUGGCGUCUCUUCGAUAGUGAUGUCUUUAGCUUUCGACAGCUUUCCAAGCAUGGUGGCUUUGAAGAAGAAUCUGGAUGUGUUUCCAAUUCUUGUGGCUGCUGGCUAUCUCGUUGCCGCCAUUCUUUGUGUUGAGAUCGUACUUCCCAGAUACAAUAUCAAUAAAUAA